AUGGUUACACAAGCUGAAGCAGCAAGUAUUAAUGCAAAAUAUUCAACUCAACCAGAAGACCAAGAACAACAAGUAUCAUUUUCGACAGCUCAACCACAAGCAAAAUGGGGCGGGCAAAGCUAUUUUUCGACAGGAACGAUGGGCUGUGAUAUGAGUUGUGGAUGUUUAGGUUGCGGUAAAUGCAAAGGAGGAUCUAUAAUUGAUGCUCUUGGUGGAACCUGUCGAUAUAUUCGUAGUCCGUAG